AUGUGGUUGAGGAUGGGAAUUGUAGUUGGAAAUUUCUUCAAUAAGGGGUACAAAGGGGCAGGGUUGCAGAAGAGAGAGAUAGUGCGCGAAUGGUAUUGUGAAGGAAGAGUUUUGUAUAAUUCAAUGUACAAACAAAGGUCACCGACAAGCACAGACAGCAUCGCAGUCAUCAGCCCACCACUAGCACCUCUGAUACCAGUGACAGUACCGCGGAUACAUCGUAUUGCUGAUGUGUAUACCCUUUUAACCAUACUGCUAUGCUCGUGGUGCUACUGCGAAUAUUCCAGCUCUGUUGACCUAACGAUCGGAAAUGUCCUUUUUCAUUUUUGA